AUGAGUAAAAAAACUUUUUUGCAUAAAAUCGAUGAUUUUCUUGUAGAAAUUUAUAGUUAUUUGAACUAUGUUAUAUUUAUUAUUUCCAUUGUUGGCAUUAUUCUGAACGUGCUCCAUUUGCUUGUGCUUUUCCGAAAAUCUAUGAGGCAACUGACAAUUAAUAUAUUUAUGAUCGGAAUUGCAGUUUGUGAUUUUUCCCAAAUGAUUUCAUUUGUUGUAGUUAUAACAACACAAUUUUACAUAAAUUACAAAACAACUCAAAUUUCUCCAGACUGUUAUCCACCUCAAUCUUAUGUUGAGUACAAAAUAAAUCACAUUUUUACAUUUAUUUCAAACGUGUCGCCAAAGCUUGCAGUCUGGCUGGGAGUUAGCUUGGCUAUUCUUAGAGCAUCAGUUAUCAGGAAUCCUACCAAUUCGAGGUAA